AUGGAAAUCAGGCAGUUGGAUGUUAAAAAUGCAUUUCUUCAUGGUCAUUUGGCAGAAGAUGUUUUUAUGGUUCAACCUCCAGGUUACAUUGAUAAGCUAGUGCCUAAUCAUGUUUGCAAGGUCACAUGCAGUAAUCCUUUGGAUGUCAAUCAACUCAUUCUUGAUUUGGGUAAGGAGUUUGCUAUAAAGGAUCUAGGACCUCUUCAUUUUUUCCUGGACAUUCAGGCUACAUCAAAUUCUGCAGGUGGUAUAUUAUCUCAAGAACAAAAUAUUACCAAUCUUUUGUCACCUGAUUUUGAUGAUCCCCUUCUUUAUAGAAGUACAGUAGGAGCUUUACAAUAUGCCACUACUAGACCAAAUAUCUUAUUUGCAGACAAUAAAGGUUGUCAGACUAUGCACCAUCCCUCUGAAGAAUAUUGGAAUGAUUUCAAGCGCAUUCUAAGAUAUCUAAAUCGUACACUUUGUUUUGGUUUACAAUUCAAGAGGUCAUCAUCUCUUGAACUACAUGCUUAUUUUGAUGCUGAUUGGGCAUGUGACUUGACAGAUAGACGUUCUACUAGUGGGAUGGCUAUUUACAUGGGUCCUAAUUUGAUUAUCCCGGUGUUCUAG